AUUCAGCAUCUUUGCUUUGUGUAUAUCGGUGUAAGAAAACCUAAAAAGUCUUACAAUUUGUUGGAAUCGUAAUAUUUAUCGAGUAGCAUUUGAUUACAUUUCAAGAUGAAUGCGCCACCGACAUUCGAGUCAUUUCUUUUGUAUGACGGAGAAAAGAAAGUUCAAAAGGAAGAAGAUACAAAGGUGACGAACGCAGCUAUUUUCACUGUAAACAAGGAAGAUCAUACUCUUGGUAACAUGAUUAGACACCAACUUCUGAAGGAUCCUAAAGUAUUGUUCGCCGGUUACAAAAUUCCACAUCCAUUGGAACAUAAGUUUGUAUUACGCAUACAAACAACAUCUGACUACACACCGCAGGAGGCUUUCAUGAAUGCUCUCACAGAUCUUACGUCAGAACUGUCUCUGUUUGAAGAAAGAUUUAAGGAGGCAAUUAAGGAAAAGAAGGAUGGCUUAGAUUAAAUUAAUUUUACUGGAUAAUUUGUUUAUUUAUAAUAAAUUUUUGAAAUCAA